CCGGGCGGCGGACCGGCGGCGCGGCGGUGCCGUCGGCAGAUGUGGCACCGACGCCGGGGGCGAUGGGCGCGUGCGGGAGUGCCUGGGGAGCAGAUUGCCGGCUGUUGGAAGGCUUGUGUGACUAAAUGAUUGGCAAUGGCUUGUGCCAACGUGGGUGACAUUAUACUAUGAGAGGUGAAAACAGCAAGCAAAAGUAGCUGUGAGAUUCGACCCCUCGGCAUCGACUGAAGUCUUCGACCCCUCGGCAUCGACUGACCCCUCGGCAUCGCAGUGGGCGGGCUGCCAGGCACCUAUCGCAGGCCUUCAGUCUUAGGGAGCGGACAAUGAAGACGGCGAUUCGUUCGGAGCUGUCCGACUUCCUGAUACCCCACAGCUGCACAUCGGUGACCCGUUGAAGCGACCGACCUUCUCUGCGGCCCCGAGUGGUUCACUCUACUUCACCGGUGACAGACAGCUUCAGGAUGUCUGCCCUAGCCGGCUCGGAGCUCCAGCUCCUGGCCACACUGUCGGGUCUGCUACAGACGGUGGUGGUUCCGCCGGACCCUCUCCUCGGCUGCGGCAUCCGCCACGAGCGCGGACUGCGCGGAAUCUGCGAUCCCGCUGACGGUCAGCUGCGCGAGACAUUCAGCAACGCCACCCACCUUGCCUGGUUCGGUGAGUUCCCUUGGCUGGCGUCGGUACGCGGGGCACCUCCGAGCCGAGCGGACUCACCCCUGCCGGCGUGUGGUGGCGUGCUCGUGCAUCCUUCGGCAGUGCUCGUGUCAGCCGCCUGCCACCAAGAGGCGGUACGUGGAGGGCUCAAACUCUCCGUCAGACUUGCAGAGUACCGAGUCAACACCGAGACCGACUUCGGCCGGCCACCGUCCGACCACGCGAUCCGGCGGGCCGUCUACCACCCAGAGUUUCGGCAGGACGGCGCGGCGGCCACCAGCGACCUAGGCUUGCUGUUCCUGACCACGCCGGCUAGCGUAGAUGACGACGUCAGUCCUGUGUGUCUGCCUUGGCCGGGAGACACGGCCGAACAGCUGGAAGCCGACUGGGAGAAUACUGACUGCGUGCUCAGUGGCUGGUCCGACCCUCGCAAGGACAGUCUGGACGGUGUGCUCUACCAGAAUGUCCCCUUCGUCCCUCGCGAGGCGUGUCAGACGCGUCUGCGCGCGCUCAAGCGACUGAAGCCAUUCAGCCAGCUGGACGAUACGUUCGCAUGCGGCGGUGCCGAGCAGGACUGCUGGGCGGACGUCGGAUCGGCACUGGUUUGUCGGCAUCGGCGAGACCGAUCACGCUGGGUGCUGGCUGGCAUGGUGCCCUGGGGACGACUACAUGACGAAUGUAACGAGCUGGUCACCUACAUCAACAUCGGACUCUUCGGCAACUGGAUCCGGGACGCGAUCGAAGCUGAACUCAGCACCCAACAGUAAAGGCGAUCUAAUGAGAUAAACCUCCAGCGUAAAGGCGUUGAACUCAGAACCCAGUCGUGAAGUUACCUAGGCAAUCAGUCGAGUUUACCCAAAUCGUAAGGCAGCGCACGCAUCAUGAGCUCGUCGGCAUUUAGCCCUCAAGGUGUGGACUGUGGAGGCAAGUUCCGCAAUCACCUCGAAAAAAAGUCAGAAUAUGUCAGAUGAUGUGAUUGUGAUAGAGCUCAUCAUAUAUACGAUAACGGCUAUAAGGCAAUUCAUCGACCUCAGCACUGCAACUAUCCGUUAAUGAAAGGUUCGUCGAGAUCAGCACUCAGCCGUGACA